CUAGCCACCAGUGCGCGGGGCUCCUGGCACAGGGCAGGGACCCAUCAGCGCGGCGGCGCCCGGGGUGAUGAGCGAGGCUGGGAGCUGCUCCGGGGGGCAUCGCCUGGGUGGCUGAGGAUGGCCAUGUGGGAGUGGGGUGGGAGAGCUUCCCUGGGCUCCCUGUCCACGACCUUCCUGCGCGUCUGGAAGUGGGUACGAGCUUUCUGGUGUAAGAAUGGCCUCCUGACCCUGUCGAUGCUGUCGGUUGCCACCGGGUGCCUCCUGGGAUUCCUGCUGCGGGUGCUGGAGCUGACGGAGCUGGAGAAGCAGUACUUUUCCUUUCCUGGAGAGCUCCUCAUGAGGAUGUUGAAGAUGCUGAUCCUGCCCUUGAUCACCUCCAGCCUUAUGUCCGGGCUGGCCACCAUGGACUCCAAGGCCUGUGGGAAGAUGGGUGUGAUCACCCUCACCUACUACCUUUGGACAACAUUCAUGGCAGUGACUGUUGGCAUCAUCCUCGUGGUCAGCAUCCACCCCGGCGCAGCUGCCCAGAAGGACAACUACUCUGGGGGUAAAGUGGUGCUCAGCUCCGCGGAUGCGUUACUGGAUUUAAUCAGAAACAUGUUCCCUUCUAACCUGAUCGAAGCUUCGUUCCAGCAGUAUCGAACUGUUCUCGUUCCGGUGGUGAAGUCUCCCACCUUUCCAAAGAUCCCAGGAAAAUCUCUGAGUUUUAUUUACUUUGCACCCGACGAUGAAAACCCUGAAAUUCAUCGGCCUGUGUUCCUCGAGCUGACGCCCUCACCCGAGAUGACCUACAGGACGCUGCCCGGGACCAGUAAUGAGAUGAACGUCUUGGGAAUUGUCAUCUUCUCAGCAACGAUAGGACUGCUCCUGGGGAAAAUGGGGGAGCGAGGAACACCCCUGGUUAACGUCUGCCAGUGUCUGAAUGAAGCAGUUAUGAAAAUUGUCUCAAUGGCAGUAUGGUACUUCCCCUUUGGCAUUGUAUUUCUCAUUGCUGGAAAGAUCCUGGAGAUGGAAGAUCCAUCAGUUAUAGGACAGAAGUUGGGACUAUAUUCCAUUACAGUGGUGACAGGGCUAGUCAUCCACGGACUCGUCCUCUUACCUCUGCUUUUUGUGCUCAUCACCAAGAAGAACCCCUUCACUUUCAUUCAGGGGAUACUGCAAGCCUUGCUGAUCGCCUUAGCUACAUCGUCCAGCUCAGCAACCUUGCCCAUCACUCUGAAGUGUCUCCUGGAAAACAACGGAAUAGACAAACGCGUGGCACGAUUCGUCCUCCCUGUUGGCGCCACCAUCAACAUGGAUGGCACGGCCCUGUACGAAGCAGUCGCGGCUAUUUUUAUUGCCCAAGUAAAUGACUAUGACUUAGAUCUGGGACAAAUUAUAACGAUAAGCAUAACAGCAACAGCAGCAAGCGUCGGGGCAGCUGGGAUCCCCCAGUCUGGGCUCGUUACCAUGGUCAUCGUGCUAACUUCUGUCGGGCUGCCGACCGACGACAUCACACUCAUCAUCGCAGUCGACUGGGCUCUGGACCGAUUUCGAACCAUGACCAACGUCCUCGGUGAUGCUCUGGCUGCUGGCAUCGUAGCACACGUCUGUGAGCAAGACUUUGCCCCAAAGCCCCCCACGCAAGAUCCAGUAAGCAACACAGACAAGUUUCCUUCUGUAGAGGCCUCACACCUGCAACUCAAAGCUAACGUGAUUGAAAUGAUUGAAGAGACUUUGUUUGAUCAGACAGGAGUUCACUGCAACAUCUGUCAGGUGUAGAUGUCACCAUUCCCACGGCCAGGAAAGGGACCUUGGUGCUAAACACCGACACCGGGAACGCUGUACGUGGAUGCUCUGCAAGAUAAAGGCCUCACCUGGCACCGAAAGUGGAAGAACCCUCUCUGUCUUCUGAAGACUGUGGGAGUCUCCAGCCAGCACGGCUCGGCCGUUCAGGGGAGGGGAGCCGGCUCCUCCUUGCAACCGAAGCCACAGCUGCGAGCGGCUGCCCUGACCACCUGAAGCAGCCGGGAUUUGAAGGCUUUAUGCCUCGCAUUUUUUCCAAGCCCAGUUCUUUUCAAAGGUCGGGGAGGUGAGAGGGUAUUAGAGAACUGGAACUGGACUAAAUGAGAAAACAAUAGAGAUGGGACAAAAAUCUGACACCUUAGGCCAGCAGCCCUUAUCUGCUGGCCAGGCUGCACUCUAUGUUUCUUUUUUUUUUUUUUUUUUUUUUUUUUUUUUUUUUUUUUUCUUUAAUUACUGCUUUUUUUAUUACUAAGUUCUCAUCUAAAAACUAAGAUUAAGCAAUUUUUUGUCUAGAGCUCAAAAUCCAAGUCAGACAUAACUGGAUUUUCCAGCCACUACACCAAGACAGGACAGGUGGCUGCAGCGUUCCGCUCACGGACAGCGAGGUUCCUUCUACCCGCAGGGAGGGAAGGACCAGCUGUACUCGUGUCUUUACUCCCUGUUUGACUGCAGUGAAACUAACUGACCAGGUCCAACUGCAACCAUGUGGAUUCUCCCAGCUAAAGAUCUGGCCCAAAGUUCAAGUUCCAAUUACAGCCUUAAACCCAGGCUUCCCACGGCAGCCUUCUCCACAAAAGCCUUUUAUAUACCAAUGAUGCGUGUCACUGAAUUCGUUUCUCUCUCAUCUAAAUGCAAAAUAUUUUCUAAUUUAUUUUCUAAUUUAGCAGAAACAUUAAUUGCACUUUUGCCAAAAGAAAAGCAGAAGUAUCAUAAACCCGUUUUUGCACAAAAAUUUAGUAAUCUUCUGGGUAGCUUCAAAAAGCCUUCAAAGAAUCAGAAGCGAAGUCAAGGUGAGCUUGAGGUACUGCUGUAACCGCCGGCCUUUCUCACCCUCUGUUCCCAGACCGGAGAGGUUAACACCUUCUUAAACUUAACUGCUCCUGCUGGACAGUAAUGUUAUUUGCAAAAAGAAAAAUCAUCACAUUUCAGAUCAAGAGAUCUCUGCGGCGUCCCAGGCCGCCCCCUCCUCUGGUGGUUUAUGAUCAGCUGGAUGUAUCACACACAACAGUGCUCAGCACCGCUCUCUGGUGUUUUGGAAACCUAAGGACUGCGGGCUGUCCCUCUAUACCCGCGGUAAGCUCGGGCACACAAAACCCCACCGGGAUGCUGGUGAAGAGCAGGGAGGCGCCAGGCAGCUCCCAGCUCUGGGGCAGGGACCCGAGCACCGCUGGCUCCUACGCAGCCGUCUGUCCGCAGCAGGGCCCUCCACUCCCCAACCACAAACGGUGAGGUGAACGCUUUGGAGCAUGUUGUUCCAAGGGAGCAAUUUAAACCAGGGAAGAUGAAGAGGACAAUUUAUCAGGCCUGCUCAGAUCCUUGCUUCGUGGUGCCUGAAGCGUCCACAGCCCUUGCUGGGUGCCCAAGGGGAGCCCGGACAACCAGCACCAGAAGCAGCUGAGUCGAACGCUGCUUUGGGGAUAUCCUCCCCUCUCAUUAACGAGCUCUGGACAUUACAACACAGAAUCUUAAUCGAGCAAUAAGACAGGACCGAAUGUCUACAACAAAGGCUUCUUGGGUCGAUGGUGGGGAUGCAGGAUGAGUCUCCGGGCAACUACUCACAUCCCAGGGCUCUGCCUCCCGCAGAGCAGCCAGGUUUUCUCCCCUGCCUCCGAAGGCUGCAGUCCUGCUAGCAACAUCUCAAACCAGCACAUCCGCAAGCUACUGCAACUGGAAGAACAAACUAUUGCUGACAAAACUGCAUCUCAGGAAUAAAUCCAGAGCUGGCGAAGUGAACACAACUCUGCGCAGCUUGCCUCAGGAGUUCCAAGUACUGUGGUUUAUCAAGUGCUGGUAACACCUCUUUAGCAUCAGCAAGGAUGUUGUUCCAAUAAGAUAAAAAAAAAAAAA